UUUGUUUGAAUUUUCGUUUAUUUGUUUCAGUUUAUAGAAAAUUUUAACCACAAAGUAUAAUUUGAAGAAAAUAAAAACAGUUGCAAAAAAAAAAAAAAAACGAUGAUAGACAUUUUGGAAAACAAGUAUCCUUGUCGUAAUAGUUUUAUUAAAAAUCUUUUUGAUUUGAUUCCAAACAAGGAAGAGUCUUUUCCACCGGCAAUCUUUGUUUAUGGACAUGCUGGAACUGGGAAAACUGCCAUUAUAAAAGAUUUUUUGAGACUUAUCAAAAAGGAGAAACAAAUUAAUUGCGUACACGUUAAUUGCGUUGAAUGUUAUACUUCGAAAAUCCUUUUAGAGAAUACUGUAGAAGAAUUGAUUUUUGAUAGUGGCGAUCAAAAUUUACGUUGCGAUACUCUAAAAGAAUUUAUAGAGCACUUGAGAGGCGUUAACAAGUAUGAGCAUAAAAGCUAUGUUAUAGUUUUGGAUAAUGCCGAUCGCUUACGUGAUAUGGAUGGAAAUAUUAUACCAUCAUUACUGCGGUUGCAGGAGAUGACAGGUCUUAAUAUAUGUGUGAUCUUAAUAUCGCAAAUUCCAUUUGAAAAAUUUUACUCCAAGACUGGAUUAACAGAGGUCAUAACACUCCAUUGUCCACAGUAUUCCAAGGCAGAAACAUUAAAAAUUUUAAGCACACAAUUUGAAAUGGCUCGUCAAAUGCUAAGAAGCCACAUACGGGCACAGCAUAUGGAUAAAGAAUUAUCACAAGUUGACAUUGUAAACGAAAUAAAUCCUGAUUUCUUUAAUAAUUACCUCAACAUAUUUUUGAGUGUAUUUUACAAGGCCUGCCGCGAUGUUCCUGAACUAAAAAUAACGGCUUGUAACUGUUUUAUUACUUACAUGGAGCCAGUACUGAACAAAUCUAUAGAUAUAACCGAUGUUUCAAAACUUUGGCGUAAUAUAGCGGCACCGUUACGUGCUGCCUUAUCUCAGGUCUAUAUGCGCUACGAUAAAUCUGAAGAAAAAAAUUUAACUGUUGCAACUGAUGUCAAUUAUUCAGACCAAAGCGUUCGAAAAAUGGCCCAAUCUUUGGAGUUGCCUUUUUAUGGAAAAUACUUAUUAAUUGCUGCCUUCUUAGCUAGUCACAACUCGGCCAAAGAAGAUAAACGUCUCUUCGUUAAACAUCAUGGAAAGCAACGAAAGCGUAUGCAAACAGUUAACGCUAAAGCAAAGGUGUCGGAGAAAAUGUCUACAUCACUAGGACCCAAGUCUUUUAGCAUAGAUCGUUUGUUGGCAAUUUUUUAUGCUAUACUCGAUGAAAAAGUUGGCUUAACAUGUAAUCUCCUCUCACAAAUUUCUACUUUAGUCCACUUGAAGCUGCUUGGAUUUGUUAGUGGUGAAAGCAACGUUAUGGACGGAUCUGCUCGCCUUCAGUGUACUGUCGGUCUAGAGUUUGUACUUUACAUUGGCAAAGUUGUUGGCUUUAAUGUAUGUCAGUAUUUGUGUGAUUUUAUGUAAUAUAUGAUUUAUAAUUUGUUAAUAAAAAAUUAAUUUAAAA